AUGGAUGAUCACCGACCUAACCAUGUAGGGCGAUCAAAAAUGUAUAAAACGAAUGCUCGCGAUCAGAACGAGAUGCGCCGGAAGCGGAGAGAAGACGAAGUUCAAAUUAGAAAAUGUCGCAGAGAGGAACGGUUCGAAAGGAAUCGGAAAAUGACUACAGAAAGAUCUUUGAGUCAAGACGAAAAUUCCGAAAUUCUCAAAAAAGUAGUUGAUGGCUUGCACAGUAUGAAUGACGAAGUGAUUUCUGAAUCACUGACGAGGUUGCAUGACAAUGUCAAAUAUAAUGGAUGGACGGUACAAGCUCUUGCCAAAGGUCAGAUUCUAAACAAAAUAUCAGACGUUUAUUGCAAUCGGAUGAUUUCAAAUGCAACUCGUCAGCUUAUUGCUGAAAUUUUUUCUAUAACCAGCAAUCUUGGCAUUCAAGCAAAUGAAGCAUUCAACCCAGACGAAAAAGUUAUUCAAGCUCUUGUUACCAACAUUUCCCAAUUUUCCAAUGACGAGGAUGUUUUGUGUGACACUUUUCAGUCAAUAGCCUGCUUCAUCAUUCGUAGCUUAAUCUAUCGAAACCUGGCUCUGGACAAUGCUAUUGUUCCAGAACUGUUGUUAAUCAGCACACAACCAAUGAGCGUUCUUCUUCAUCGCUCACUGAUGUGGCUGGUGUCAUUAUUCUGCGAAAAACUGGAUAAGUAUAGUCCGGAUGUAGAGGAAGUUGCACCGCUUCUUGAGAUCAUUACCAGCGGAAUAACUUCGACCGACGCGAUGGUUCAGACAGACGCUGCAUCAGCUUGCGCAUCUCUGGCAGAAUGGUCACCGAUUUAUGAGCACAUGCAGGAACAAAAACUAUGCUCCAUACUUGUCGCAAAUCUCAGCAAUGAUAAGGGAAAUGCUAGACCAAAAGUAAAAUGUGCUAUUAGCUACAUUAUUCAAGCUACUGGAUAUUUUACUGAGGAAAUGAUAGAAGCUGGUCUUCUGAGUGUUCUCAAAGGAUUCGUCAAUGUCAGUUAUAUGUCACAGGAAGUCUGCUUUAUCAUCUCAAAUAUUUGCGUCGAAGGAGAGCAUACCAUUGAUAAACUGAUCGAGUCCGGAGUUUUGAAAGAAGUCGCUCGAGUAAUGGACGCAGCUGAAUACCGCGCUCGCAAAGAAGCUGCAUUUGUCAUUUGUCACUGCUGUGCUUCGUCUAAUCGCCGACAUCUUGAGUAUGUCAUUGAGCUAGGAAUGCUCACAGCAUUCACCGAUCUCCUUACAUGUAUGGAUGUUUCUUUAGUAUCAUACAUUCUUGAUGCUAUCACAUCACUACUUCAAUUUGGUGAACUCUAUAAUCAAAAUAACACUAACCCAGUAGCUGAGAAACUCGAGGAAAUUGGAUGUCGAGAAAAGCUAGAAUUUCUAGUGGAGAGCCAAUGUUUCGAAAUUCAUGCUAAAGCAUUCACGAUACUCGAGAGAUUCUACGGUGAUGACGAAGAGAUUGCAGCGGCCGAAGAGAUUACAGAUUAUCAGCCUCGCAGCACAAUCGAUAGCACAAUCGAGAUGCUUAUCCGCAAUUCCGCAACCACAACAUCCCAGCCCUUUACAUUUUGA